AUCGCCAUUAAUCAAUCGUUGAACAGGAACAGAAGACAAGGAGGCGUCGGCGUCUCUUCCAGCAGGCAAAGAUGCAGAUCUUCGUGAAAACCCUGACGGGGAAGACCAUAACCCUGGAGGUGGAAUCCUCCGACACCAUCGACAAUGUGAAGGCGAAAAUUCAAGACAAGGAGGGAAUCCCACCUGACCAGCAGCGGCUCAUCUUCGCCGGAAAGCAGCUGGAGGACGGGCGGACCUUGGCGGACUACAACAUCCAGAAAGAGUCUACUCUCCACCUGGUGCUUCGCCUCCGUGGUGGCGCGAAGAAGAGGAAGAAGAAGACCUACACCAAGCCGAAGAAGAUCAAGCACAAGCAUAAGAAGGUGAAGCUGGCGGUGCUGCAGUUCUACAAGGUAGAUGAGUCCGGGAAGGUGCAGAGGCUUAGGAAGGAGUGCCCCAAUGCUGAGUGCGGCGCUGGCACCUUCAUGGCCAACCACUUCGAUCGUCACUACUGUGGUAAGUGCGGCCUCACAUAUGUUUACAAUAAAGCUGGUUCCGAUUGAUCACUGAUCACUCCUCCAUCCAUGAUCGAUCAAAGUUUUGAGUAUUGAUACUGAGUUUCGUUAUAUGUUGUAUUUUCGCAUUUGAAAUAUGGAGACUGAAGUUUUACUGGAUAAUGUCAGUUAUGUAAGGUCUAAACUCUAAUGUUUGUUUGGUUUAUUGAACUGAUAUAUUGCUCCAUUAUAUACGAUUGAAUGAAUGAAAUCUGUUGAGCGUAGAUUAAUGA